AGUGAUUUUUAGCAGAUUUUCUCCCCUCCAAUGCCCCGCACCCAUAUUACUAUGGCCGGGUUGCUAUUGCCCUGCUCGCUGGCCAUGGGAAAUUGUCACGGGAAUUUGUUGGCCUUUUCGGGUUUAGCGCUACUGGACUGCUGCCCAAGCUGGCUGACUAAUGGAGAUCCCUCACAACCCCGCUUGUUCAUGAUGUCACUCAAGAGGAUGUCUGCCAUCGGCAAGACAAAUAUAAUUAUUAGUCAGUUACCGAUGUCGCAGUGAAAGGCUCUUAUACAUGUCAGGAGGCCCCAUUAUUGGCAAGUUGAGCCAGUUAUCUGUUCAAGAGCCGCUGUUUUUCUGCGUGGGGUGCAGCUUUAACCUUAAAUUGUUUCCAGAAAUGGGAACCCGGAGGGCCAUGUACUAUAUGAUCAUGUGAUAUGGAUGGUAGUUGAUGGUUUAUACGACUAUAUUACUGGGAGAAUCAAUUACAACAACAUUGACUCCGAGGAACAGGUCUCUGAUAUUGGCGAGAGAUGCAAACAUACAUAUGCCGCAUUUACAUCACUAAUUUUCACGCCAAUGGCUAUAGCCUAUUGGAGGGCAGAAAGACUGACCCGAACCUCACUCCACGGCCAUCCUAGAGUUGGAUCACACCCCAAGAACAACAUACUUGCUCAAGGGACACGAAAACAGAUUUAUUCACACGAGGGAUGGGCGAAGCAUAAUGCCAUAAUCCUUAACCCUGGACCUUUGCCUAUGACAUCGCUAAAAGCAUUCUACUGUUCGUGCUCUUUACUAUCCAGCCUUCCUGGGAUUCUAGCCCAUGCUACGUUGUUAGUCUUCUUAGGGCUCGAUAUUUUGUCGACCAAUUGUGAUGAAGGUACCCAGAUGCCAAGGGCUCAUUGUGAUAUUUCGACAAGUCGAAGAGGAAGGCCCAAGUUGUCCUGAAUUCUGCUCAGCAACCCAGUCAC